UACCAGAGCGUUGUACAAUCUUUUGCAGUGAUGAAAAUCUCUUUUACCUGUCGUUUGCGACCUACCUUUUUUGUUUGCUUUCUGCCGAGUCUACCUACGACCAUGUCCAACCAAGCUCAUGGCUUCCAUUCCUACCCGGGCUGUAUGCAAGAGUUGGAUGAAGAGUGAGCACAGCAGGAACAUUGACGCUUCCCAGCGGUAAUAACAACCGCUACGAGACUUGCUGUCAAAGCUGGCAGACCUAGAGCUAAAUGGCAUCCACUGCCGGUUCGAAAUGGCAAUCCAGGCUGUUUCCCCUCCACACCUCUAUCACCAACCCUGGUCAUUUGGCGGCACUCAGCAAAAAAACUGGGAGGCAGUGGUUGCAGCGACCCAGGCUCGAUUUGUGCGUGCCGGUCGUUGGCGGAAUCCGCCCGGCUGCCUUGCGCCAUGGAGGGCAAGGAGAAGCGCCUGGUGUUGCCUGAUCGAUUAACCGGCUAAGCUGGCUGCUUCUGUUAUUGUUGUUUUGAUUUUUGUUGCUGACGACAGCAGCCAGCGCAGAGCGCGUAAAAAAACAAACAUACCUACCUACCUUACCUACCUAUCUUAACUAGCUAGGUAUUUACCUGAGGUACUUGACGAACCAACAUCAUCCUUCUUCUCCCCCCUCCUUCCUUCCCGUCCUUGUCUUCCGUUACUGUUGUUUGCUUAUUUCUUUCGCCUGUUGCCCAUUCUCAAUACACUAUUCUUUUCACCCAAAACAUUCAGGUUUUGAGACUUUUCUGCAAUUUAAUCCCCCAACGUAUUUUAUACUCGAUUUCAGUGAAUCGGAGAAUCUGCUCCACAAGUGUACCGGGACGGUGAAAUAAACUCGAAAACGCGUCAAUAAAGCAAGCAGUUUGACGAGCGCAAACCUCCUGUGGUUUUCCGCGCAACACAUAUAAAAAAAGCAAACCCUUUUGCAGCAAUGCCGCGCGAAGGCACACGAUCUGCGACUGGAAACUCCAGGCCGCGCGUUUUUCAAACCGUCGACACCGCUCCUACCAUUAACCGCAGGAAGCCGGCGGUCGGCAGGACGAUGAAGGCAUCCACCGCCGGCAAUGGUUCUGUGACCAAAGCAAAGGCAAAGGCCAAAGCUGCGACAGGCCCUAGGUCCGCCGGUGUGACCAAGAAGAAAGCCGCACCCAAGAAGGCGACGGCCGGCUCCAAGGCAAAGGCUGCCGUGAACAAGGCCGAGGCCAAGGUCAAGGGCAAGACUGCUCCCAAAGACAAGGCAUGAAGAGCCACGGCCACCUGCGAUGGAUGUCGGCCAGGAAUACUUUGUCGUUUUUGUGUUAGCCAGUCUAUGUAUACCCGACCGACUGCGCAAGUUUUCUGUUGUAGAGUGUGGUUGAUAUUAAUGUCAUGAGCUACCGUGGGGAGUUGUCCUAUUACUGGUCUCGUCUGGCUGGAUAUCCUUGUCCCGAUUGUGUUGAGCCAAGCGCUAUGUUCUUUCUUCUGCUUCUCAGUCUGCGCUGAGUUUUGUUUGACUUGUUAAUAAAGCCUUGCCUCUCUGUACAUCCGGCAAAUUGGUCUAUAACUAUGCAACCGAGCUUUGAUAUCUCCGCAAAGGGUCUUGUUAUCGACAAAGUCAGGGAUUUCGCAAACAAUUAGCACAUCAUCGC